CAGCUGCGUCUUUCAUAUGGGUGGACGAGGAGCCAGUGAUACAGAGAAACGUGGGGCGCAGCAGCUGUGUGACAUCCUUGGAGUGUCGCCCUCUGACCUGAGUGAAGGAGGAGAGGAUGGCAGCUUCUGGGACUCUCUGGGAGGAAAGGUCGAUUACCGCACAUCCGCUAGGCUAAAGGACAAGAUGAAUGCCCACCCGCCACGACUGUUCGCCUGCUCAAACAAAACUGGCCGUUUCAUCAUUGAAGAAGUGCCUGGAGAAAUGACCCAAGAAGACCUGGCUACAGAUGAUGUCAUGAUCCUUGACACCUGGGAUCAGGUGUUUGUUUGGAUCGGUAAUGAAGCUCAUGAUGAGGAGAAAACUGAGGCGAUGUCUUCAGCUGAACAAUACAUCAAGACGGACCCAGCCAACCGUGACUCGCGCACACCUAUUGUGAAGAUUAAACAGGGCUUUGAGCCGCCCACUUUCACAGGCUGGUUCCUGGGCUGGGACCAUGACUACUGGACCACUGACCCCCUGGAGCGGGCCAUGGCUGAGCUGGAGAUCUGAACUUGAGCUGUCACCCUUGACCUUUAGACCCACUGCCUUACUGCAAGCUGAUCAAAGUUGCUCUUAGGCUACGUUCACACUGCAAGCCUUAAUGCUCAAUUCCCAUUUAUUGCUCAGAUCCAAUUGGCCAAUAUGAGAUUCCACCACGACCAGAACUGACCCGCAUAUGCAAAAGAACAAUAAAAAGAUGUCACACUGUCAUAUGUAAACAAAGGACAUUAGAGUAAGAGAUCAUGCCUUUAUUUAUUCUUUUAUCUGCCGCUGAUCCCAGCGAAAUUUAUGCACUCGCAAUAUUAAAAAAAGGCGAGGAUGCAACAAAAGAGAGCAGAGUUUUUAAACAUUUAUGAUGUUUUGCUUGUAUAUAGAGCGGUCACUGUAAUACUUAUGAGCUCUGACACAUCACUGUCCUUCACUUACUAUCCGUCUUGAUAACUUUCAGUAUGUAAAAUCUUUGAAGUGAUCCCCAUGAGCGGAGAAUUAUGACGAAUGUCAAUCUACAGUUGCGCAAAAGUCGCAUGAAUUCUGAUAUGAUCCACAUAUGGACGUGGCCCAAAUCAGAAUCGAACAGAUUAGAUUCCAUGUGGUUUGUGCUGUUUACAUUGUCAUGACAAAAACAGAUCGGAGUCGCGUAUUUGUCAGAUUUGGGCCACAUUUUCCUGCAGUUUGAGCGUAGCCUUAGAUACACCCAAUUUGAUGCUUGAGGUUUUAAUUAUAGAUUCAAAAACCAAAGCUGGUCCUUGGUCAGUAAAAAAGGGCUACCUUUAAAUCAAGUACCUUACUGGCCUGGGGAUCAGUCACCAAACUUAAGGCAACUUCAUAAUUACUAUUAGGUUCCAUUUGUGCAACUGCUUUGGGCUUUAUAGUAUGCAUUUCUUCUUGUCUACUUGUUCAGAUAAAUUAGUGUAUGUUGAUGUGUAUGCUCAAUGUUUUUUGUCGUAUUGUUCUGUCAACUGACGUUCUUACUGUCAUUCAUCUCUGUGGUCUCCUUUUUUAUUCAUAUGAAGAGAACAGUGAAAGACCCCAUGCAUCUCUGAAGAGGACAGUCUUUAGAAAUGUUUCGAUGGCAUAAUAGCUCAGUACAAUGCUAACAAAGUAGUGAUUUUAAGCACAAGGUUGCUUUGUUUAGAGUGGUAACAAGGGAAACUGUUCCAUAAGCAUGCCAGGGAGUGAAUUUUAAUUUUUACCAUACCUAAUUUUUUUCAGACAAAUGUCAAAAUCAGAUUAAAGGGUGUUUAUUGCGCGUUCUAAAAAUCUACACAAUUUGGAUAAUGAGGUCAAACACAUGAAUGAAUGGAAUUAUUUUGUAUACUUUAUUUUUCUGGCUGAUAAGACUUUUAUUUUGUUUUCUGUUUUUAUAUCUGUGCACACUGUGCCAAGACAAGACUACAUAACAAGAAUUUAUCUGAACAAAUAGGCAAUGACUGUAGGCAAGGACAAAUGUAUAGUACAACGCAUAAAGCUGUUAACUCAUUUUUGGCACAAAUAGAACCUCAUAAAAAAUC